GUUCAGCCCGGGAACGGCCCGGGCGCUUCCGGGCUCUGUUUCUCUGGCCCGCCCACUUCCCCAACGCUCCCGCGGCUGUCCCGGUCGCUGGAGAGGAUAGUUGCCAAUAAAGUUUUCCUGUUUCAAAGGCGGGCGAUUGGGCAGGGCGCGGCUGUCUGCCCCUUGCUGGUGGCCCGCAGUUCCUCUCGGCUACGGGCAGCGAGCCUCAGGGCGCCAUGGCCAGGGGCCGCGGCGGCCGGGUGCGGGUGAGGCCGCCUGUCGCUGCCCGCGCGCUCCCGUGGCUUCUCGGCCCGCCGGCGCCCGCCUCCGCCUGAGCGCAGCCCUCCGCGCCCGCGGGCCUCCUCGCCCGGGCCCAUGGCCUCCGAGGCGCCGUCGCCUCCGUUGUCGCCGUCGCCGCCGCCCUCCCCCGAGCCUGAGCUGGCGCAGCUGAGGCGGAAGGUGGAGAAGUUGGAACGCGAGCUGCGGAGCUGCAAGCGGCAGGUGCGGGAGAUCGAGAAGCUGCUGCACCACACGGAGCGGCUGUACCAGAGCGCUGAGAGCAACAACCAGGAGCUCCGCACCCAGGUAGAAGAGCUCAGCAAAAUACUCCAUUGUGGAAGAAAGGAAGAUAAUAGCAAGUCUGAUGUAGAAGUACAAACAGAGAACCACCCUCCUUGGUCCAUCUCAGAUUAUUAUUAUCAAACAUACUAUAAAGAUGUUAGUCUUCCAGAUAAAGUGACUGAGCUCUCAGUUCAGCAAGAUCAGAAUAUUGAACCUUCUACUUUGAAUUCUAAAGACCAGUCACAAAUAGAAAAUGAUGCUUACACUGGUACUGAUAUAACAGAAAAUGUUAAAUGUGGACAAGAGGACCAUUAUGCCUCACAUUCACAGGAGCCAGCAUCUGCAUUAGCAACUGAAGACACAUCCUUAGAAGGUGCCUCAUUAGCUGAAAGUUUGAGAGCUGCUGCAGAAGCUGCUGUGUCACAGACUGGAUUCAGUUAUGAUGAGAGUACUGGGCUGUAUUUCGAUCACAGCACUGGUUUCUAUUAUGAUUCUGAAAAUCAACUAUAUUAUGAUCCUUCCACUGGAAUUUAUUACUACUGUGAUGUGGAAAGUGGUCGAUAUCAGUUUCAUUCUCGAGUAGAUCUGCAACCUUAUCAGACUUCUGGUGCAAAACAAAGUAGAGAUAAGAAAUCGAAGAAGAAAAGAAAGGAUCCAGAUUCUUCUACAACAAAUGAGGAAAAGGAUUUGACUUCAGAAGAUCAAAAAGCAUCCAGUGUUGAACAUAUAAACUGCAAGGAGGGAGAAGAUUUUGCAACUGUGAAGAAGAAGGCCAAAAUAGACAUUCAUUACAAAAAUAGUCCCCCCAAAUUCACUGUUCCAGUUAGUGGAAAGACUGUAGAAUCUCUUAAUGAAAACACCUAUAAUUUGACUUCGUUUAAAGAGGAGAAAAUCGUAGAGACUGAUAGUGAACCAGAAGAAGGUGAAAUUACAGAUUCUCAGACCGAGGACAGUUAUGAUGAAGACAUGACCAGUGAAGACAGUGUAACUGCAGAAGAUACUGAGGAUGAGGAUGAAGAAAAAAUUUGGCCCCCGUGUAUUAGAGUAAUUGUUAUUAGAUCACCAGUCUUGCAGACAGGAUCACUUUUUAUCAUUACAGCUGUAAACCCUGCUACAAUUGGAAGAGAAAAAGAUAUGGAGCAUACUCUCCGAAUCCCCGAAGUUGGUGUCAGUAAGUUUCAUGCAGAAAUUCAUUUUGACCAUGACUUACAAAGUUAUGUCCUUGUGGACCAAGGCAGUCAAAAUGGCACAAUUGUUAACGGAAAACAGAUUCUUCAGCCUAAAACUAAAUGUGACCCCUAUGUACUUGAGCAUGGAGAUGAAGUGAAAAUUGGAGAGACUGUGUUGUCCUUCCACAUCCACCCUGGCAGUGAGACCUGUGAUGGCUGUGAACCAGGGCAGGUUAGAGCUCACCUUCGUCUUGAUAAGAAAGAUGAGUCUUUUGUUGGUCCGACACUAAGUAAGGAGGAAAAAGAGUUGGAAAGGAGAAAAGAAUUAAAGAAAAUACGAGUGAAAUAUGGUUUGCAGAAUACGGAAUAUGAAGAUGAAAAGGCACUGAAGAAUCCAAAAUAUAAAGACAGAGCUGGAAAACGUAGGGAGCAGAUUGGAAGUGAAGGAACUUUCCAAAGAGAUGAUGCUCCUGCCUCUGUUCACUCUGAAAUUACUGAUAGCAACAAAGGUCGGAAGAUGUUGGAGAAGAUGGGUUGGAAGAAAGGAGAAGGCCUCGGGAAGGAUGGUGGAGGAAUGAAAACUCCGAUAGAGCUGCAGCUCCGGCGAACACAUGCAGGUUUGGGGACAGGCAAACCAUCCUCAGUUGAAGAUGCUCACCUUCUCCAAAGCAAGAGCAAAAAGAACUGGGAGAAAGCGCGAGAAAGGUUUGCUGAAAACUUCCCAGAAACUAAACCUCAAAAAGAUGCACCAGGGAGCGCGCCUUGGGUGAAAGGGACUACAGAGUGAAGGUCAGUCCUAGGACACAGUUCAAGCUUUUGAAAAAGAGGGUUUGGAAACUUUAUUUUAUUGCAGACUUUUCCCUCCAAAAGAGUCAGUGGCAUGAGGGAACUGUGUCACAGUUUACCCUCUCAUGACUCAGCAAUGUGUAAUAAAGGGUGGUUUGCAGCUUGUAAGAAGCAUUUUUUAAAACUAAUAAGUAGUGACUGAAUCAAGUUACGCUGUGAGUGGACUAACGUUCACAGGGCGUGGAUGAGCUUAUGAAACUUUAUUAUUUUAUCUUGUCGUUUACAAGACUCGUAUAAGCACCUAGCCGUAUAAGCAGAAUUCAUGUAACCACUAUGGCUUAAAUAUGCAUUUGUCCUUGUCUCCAUGUUCAUUAUUGUACGAUGCACAGCAAAAGAAACAUCAGAAGUUUAUAAAAACAGUUCUGACUAGGAGCAUCCUUGUUUUUGCCCUUUAGAACUUAGAUAAAAAAUGUUGAGAAAAACAUGGGUAGUGGUGCAUAAAUUUUAUCAUUCUUGAGAUGACCUAAGUAAUAGUAUUGAAGAACUAAUGACCAGGUGACAUGUUGUGGAAAAUUAGUCUUUCAUUGUUUUCUUCUGUGAAGAAUCUGUUUAUUUGUACUAUAUAUUAAGCAUUUGCAUUUGGUUUGUUUCAUAGCUGAAAUAUUUAGAUAUGGACAAUUGAGUACGGUAUUGAAAUAUUCAAUGUGCUGGCAUUUGUAGUUUUGAUAAAUCCCAUUGCUGGCAAUGGAGUCGUGCCAGAGAAAUCUGAUUUCUACUGCAAAAGGAUUACCUAGUCAAGGUGUCAAACUCAAGAUGUUUAUUAAAAAUGUCCUGAAAUGCAAUAAAAACAUUAUGACAUCAGAAGAGUGAUUAAUUGAACCAGUGAUUUAAACACAGUGGUCUGCUUUGAACUCAUGACCAGCCCGAGUUUUCCUCUUUCAGUUGCAGAGCAGGAAGAAAGCUCCCGUGGAGCAGGGGAGAGCUGCAGUGCGGCUCCCUGCGUGCAGGUGUCACUGCUCUGCCACUGACCGCUGUGCUAUCCCUCGCUGUUCAGCUUUUCUCUCAGCUGUUUGCUGGGAAAUUACUGCUGGAACUGACCCUUUCCUGACAGUGAAUAUGAGCUAUAGCUCCCUCAUCUACUAUAAAAAAAUGUCUUCAAGAUUUAGAAAUAGGAAAGGAAAAUUCUGAAAAAAAUUAUACAGUAGGGAAGAUAAUUCAGAAAGAAAGUCUACCUGUUGGAAUUUCUAGUCCAAAUGGUACAGGGUAUUUAGGAAGAAAGGGGGACGAGGAAAGAAAAAUAAGUUUAUUACUAAAGAUGAGACAUGGCCAAGCAAAUUGUCAAGUCCCUGUAGGCCUAAGCUGGGAUAACCGCAGGCCCUGUUACUCCAAAGCUGAUAAAGUAUUCUUCUGUAUCCUUCUUGGCCAUCUACACACCCUAACACACACACACACACACACACACACACACCAUUAGACUUGGAGGCAACAGGAGUAUCCUGUAUUAUUUUUUCUAAAAUAGAAAAAAUUACUCAUGUCAGUGUAGUUCUGAUACUGGUGCCCUGUAUAUAGUUAGUAGACUUUGCUUCUGGUGGAUCUCACUCAUUGUGGUAGUAUACAACUGUCUAGGUAAUAUUUCUCAUUUUUAUUACUAGAUUGCAGAAAAAUUUUUCAUUGUUUUUUGUUAAGAAAAUGGAAAUUUAAAAAUGGUGACAGAAAUUGAAAUAUGUGUGAUAUUUGCAUUAUUAAAACGCUUUGCAGAUGUAAAGUCUCAGGGCUACACUGCAUAGUGGUUAAAGCACUGACUAAUAUCUGGGUCUGUUUCCAUCUGUGGAAUAAGAAUAACACUUAUCUCACAUGUCUGUCUUCAAUAGAAAAUGAGAAAAUGUAUAUAAAAGCACUUUGUAAAUUGUAAAAGUACAAAUGUGAGCUUCUAUUUGUUUAGAAGCAUAGAUGUGAAUUAUGUACAAUUUGGAUUACACAUAAAAUUGUUUUGUGUCUAAUAUCUUAAA